AUGAAGGCGUCUGUACUUCGUGGAAUGGAAUUGAUAUCCAGUCAUACAUGUAUUCAAUUUUCAAGACAGCCAUCUAAAUACAUGAUAAAAAUAGGAACUGUAAAAGGUCAAUGUCGGGCAGCAAUCGGAAAAAUUUACCAACCAUCCCAGGAGUUCACGUUCUCAUCGUCUUGCUAUACCGCAGGAAGUGCUGCACAUGAACUUAUUCAUGCUUUGGGUUUCUAUCACGCACAUCAGAGACUCGAUAGGGAUAUAUAUCUGAAAUUCAAUUUACAAGAGUGGAGAAUGGAAAACUCAUUCCAGAAGCAACAAUACAAAAAGUAUGGGGAUCAGUUGUUGUUAGUACCAUACGAUUAUGGUAGUGUCAUGCAGUAUCAUGAUACGGAUGAAGAGUACCUACCAAGAGACCCAAAAUAUUUCCGUACCAUGGGAUCAGAAAUCGUAUCGUUCUACGACUACUACAUGAUCAAUAUCAACUAUGAAUGUUCUUGUGAUGACGAUGACUGGCUGGAGUGUGAAAAUCUUGGAUACCGUAACCCUGCAAGUUGUGAUGAGUGCGUAUGUCCAUAUGGAUUCGGAGGAAGGAACUGUAGCCAGCGUGCGGAACCUGGAGAGACACUGGAAGCUUCGGAAGCCUGGAGGAAUACUACAGUAACCCUCGACGCUGGUUACACUAAACUAUUGGAUGGUAGGAAGUAUCGGCAGAACGAUUAUAGUUAUCAUUAUCUUUGGAUUACGGCCCCUACCAACAAAACCAUUGAAGUGGAAAUCCACAAUUUUAAUGGUGUCAAUUGUGAACAUGGAUGCAAAUCUGGGGGAGUUGAGGUGAAAACUCAUGAGGAUCCUAGGAUGACAAGUCCCCGAGCGUGUUGUAUGAAUGAGACAGAGAUCUAUCGGUCAAGGAAUAACCCAACGAUUGUGAUGUUCUUCAAUUUAGAGGGACUUGAUGAAUAUAAUCUUUCGUACAGAUUUACCUGA